UUGCAGGAUGAUUCAUUGAUUUUGACUGGCCCCAAGAGAGGAUUCAUGGUAUGCGAUGAUAUAUUCUUCGAAAUCAAUCUGAAGGUGAAGGAUGUGCAUGGGAGGACUGUUGAUGAUGAUAGACUCAGUAAAGGCCUGAUGGAGGUGGAUGCUAUCCGCAGGCUGGAAUAUAGUCCCAGAUAUGUGGUUGAAACGGAAACACUUGUCAGCAUGCACAGCAUAUUGGAUUUAAACUAUACAUUCGUAAGGAGGUCGGUGGAGGCCACUAUUGAGAUCAGGAUCCUUGAGGGACCUGAUGAAUUCCAUGGGAAGAUUGUUGCUUCCACUACCAGUAUUCCAUGCGACAUUGUGCUACAUGAUAGCAAAGUGAGUGGUGCCCUAACUGCAGGUGACAAUGGAGUCAUACAAACGGCGCGGCACGUAGUAGGAGUCUCUGUGGAUGAGAUUCUGGUGUUGACUGUUGCUGCUGCUGUCGGUGAUGAUGAGUUAUCUGUCGUCACUAUUGAGUUUACUCCAAGUCGCAAUGGUUACGAUGAUGGGAGUAUCACCUGCGGGGACUACAAGAUGCUUCUGAAGGUCACUUGGGCGAUUAUGUAACUCUUAGUAAUUUAGUCGUGGCAGUCUGCCAGAUUCUCUAGAUCCUUUUUAUGUAACGCAGCUUUAAAUUCUUUGGAUUCCUCCUCUUUGUAUCCAACUUGGCUGCGCAUUAUUGUGCCAAGGAAGUGGUUCUGAAUAGUAUCUGA